UUACUUGAUCAGACCAGGGGCUUGUUGGGCAGCUUUAUUGGCACUCGUCUGCUAGAGAAAUGAAAGGAUCAGAGCUAAUCGUUUGGAGAUAUGGUUGUGUUGUAUUGUUCUUUGCUGCUCCAGUUUGACGUGAGCAGGUAAGAGUCACACCUAACUGCAACUGAAUGCCUCAAAGUCAUACAUUUUUUAGUGUUUUUUUACGGCAGCCAUCUAUAAGACGGGAGAAUCAGCAUGCUGGAGGACCAUUUUUCUAAGCGAGGACAAAGCUCUGCUGUCAACCUGCUCAUGACAGAUGUUGGGAAACUGCCAGAGAAAAUGAGAUGGUCUAGUUCCUGUCGCAACGGUUUCGUCCUCAUCCUGGUGCUGGCAGCGGUUUUCUUUUUCUACAACACAAACAAAGAGCAAAUGCCGUCCGACUUGAACCCAAAAAAAUGGUUGCAUCGAUUGAUAAGCCAGAGACAAAAUGGAACUCCCUACAGAGCUGGUGUUACCACGAGCUUACCUGCAUCUAAACCAACUAUGACUGCAUUUCCUCAAACUGAGAUCAUCACAUCGUCAGUGGCGACAUACGCGACUCGAAGGACUACAAUUGCUUCAUUGGUGACUCAGCAGAUGGACCAACCAAAAACUGAGCCGCCAACACCUGUUCCUUAUAAAUCUUUGGGCCCGUACUUAGUGGAAUACCCCUAUGAGUACCACUUUAUCAUAAACGAGCCGAAGAAAUGCGAGCAGGAGAAGCCUUUUGUGGUCCUCAUGGUUCCAGUGGCGCCCUCCAACAGGGCUCACCGUGAUGUCAUCCGGAGCACCUGGGGAGGCGAGAGUCUGGUUCUCGACAAAGUGGUGAAGCUGUUCUUCCUGAUGGGGAAGAAAUCCGGAGACGGAGCAGCGCAGCUCCAGGAGCAGCUGCUGCAGGAGAGUGCCGAGCACCGAGACAUUAUCCAGAGCGACUUCCUGGACUGCUAUAAGAACCUGACCAUCAAGACCAUGGUGAUGCUGGAGUGGCUGGACGUCUACUGCUCCGCCGGCACCCUGUACGCCAUGAAGAUCGACUCGGACAUGUUUCUGAAUGUGCCCAAUCUCGUCAGCAUGCUGUUAAACGCUCCGAAGACAAACUACAUGACGGGACUCGUAGCGAGAGGAGCUGCGGUCCUGCGAGAUCCAAACUCAAAGUGGUUUGUACCUGUGGAGCUUUUUCCUAAGCCGCAGUACCCGCGUUACGCUCUGGGUCUGGGCUACGUUUUGUCUCUCGACCUCCCUAAAAAGCUCAUUGCGGCUUCCAGAAACGUUACUGCUCUUUACAUUGAGGAUGUGUAUUUGGGGUUGUGUAUGGAGCACUUGGGCAUCCCUCCCACCGACCCCCCAAACUGGGGAUAUUUUCAAGUGAUUCCUGUGGGGUAUAGUCGCUGCGCUUACUCCAGACUCAUUGCCACCACUACAAAUCAAAACACUGAUCGUGUGAGCGAUUGGAAAGACUUUAAAAAACCGGGUAAAUACUGCUGAUUAGAGCUGCAAUUAUUAUUCGAAUUGUUGUCAACUAUUAAAUGUAUUAAUAAUG